GGCCGCGUUGGGGUGGACGUGGUCGUUUCAUCAUGAAGGCGUCGUUAGCGAAGCGCGGAAAGGCUGUGGAAACUGAUACAGAAAACAUGGCUACUGCAAUUAGGGAGGUGGGAGUUUGGAGACAGACCAGAACACUCCUACUGAAGAAUUAUCUAAUUAAAUGCAGGACCAAAAAAAGUAGUGUUCAGGAAAUUGUUUUUCCACUAUUUCUUUUAUUUUGUUUAAUACUAAUUAGCAUGUUGCAUCCAAAUAAGAAAUAUGAAGAAGUGCCUAAUAUGGAACUUAAUCCUAUGGACAAAUCUAUCCUCUCUAACCUAAUUCUUGGAUAUACGCCAGUGACUAAUAUUACAAGAAGCAUCAUGCAAAAGGUUUCUUCUACUGAUCACCUUCCAGAUGUCAUAAUAACUGAAGAAUAUACAGAUGAAAAAGAAUUGCUAGCAGCCAGUCUUUCCAUGUACAGCAACUUUGUAGGUGUGAUUUUCAAAGACUUCAUGUCCUACGAACUCCGUUUUUUUCCUGAUUUGAUUCCAGUAUCUUCUAUUUAUAUGGAUUCAAGAGCUGGCUGUUCAAAAUCAUGUGAGGCUGUUCAGUACUGGACGUCUGGGUUCACAGUUUUACAAGCAUCCAUAGAUGCUGCCAUUAUACAGUUGAAGACCAAUGUUUCUGUAUGGAAGGAGCUGGAGUCAACUAAAGCUGUUAUUAUGGGAGAAACUGCUGUUAUAGACAUAGAUACCUUUCCCCGAGGAGUGAUUUUAAUAUACUUAGUUAUAGCAUUUUCACCCUUUGGAUACUUUUUGGCAAUUCAUAUCGUGGCAGAAAAAGAGAAAAAGUUAAAAGAGUUUUUAAAGAUAAUGGGACUUCAUGACACUGCCUUUUGGCUUUCCUGGGUUCUUCUGUAUACAAGUUUGAUUUUUCUUAUGUCCCUUCUUAUGGCAGUCAUUGCAACAGCUUCUUCAUUAUUUCCUCAAAGUAGCUGCGUUGUGAUAUUUCUACUUUUUUUCCUGUAUGGGUUAUCAUCUGUAUUUUUUGCGUUAAUGCUGACACCUCUUUUUAAAAAUUCAAAACAUGUGGGAAUAGUUGAAUUUUUAGUCACUGUGGCUUUUGGAUUUGUUGGCCUUUUGAUAGUCCAACAGGAAAGUUUUCCCAAAUCUUUAGUGUGGAUUUUUAGUCCCUUCUGUCAGUGUACUUUUUUGAUUGGCAUUGCACAGGUCAUGCAUUUGGAAGAUUUUAAUGAAGGUGCUUUAUUUUCUAAUUGGACUGAAGGCCCAUAUCCUCUAGUUAUUACUAUUAUCAUGCUAGCACUUAAUAGUGUAUUCUAUGUCUUGUUGGCUGUUUAUCUUGAUCAAGUCGUUCCAGGGGAAUUUGGCUUACGGAGAUCGUCUUUAUAUUUUCUGAAGCCAUCAUAUUGGUCAAAGAACAAAAGAAAUUAUAAGGAGUUACCAGAGGGCAAUGUUAAUGGGAAUAUUAGUUUUAGUGAAAUUAUUGAGCCCGUUUCUUCAGAAUUUGUAGGAAAAGAAGCUAUAAGGUAUGAUUUAAUCUGGCAAUUUAGCAGAAAUAAAAGUUAUAUUUGAAAAUUCUCCCUCUUUUCUGAACUAGAUUUGUCAUUCGACAUAUAUGAGGGUCAGAUUACUGCAUUACUUGGCCACAGUGGAACAGGAAAGAGUACAUUGAUGAAUAUUCUUUGUGGACUAUGCCCACCUUCUGAUGGGUUUGCAUCUAUAUAUGGACACAGCGUCUCAGAAAUAGAUGAAAUGUUUGAAGCAAGAAAAAUGAUUGGCAUCUGUCCACAGUUAGAUAUACACUUUGAUGUUCUGACAGUAGAAGAAAACUUAUCCAUUUUAGCUUCAAUCAAAGGAAUACCAGCUGAUAAUAUAAUACAAGAAGUGCAGAAGGUUUUACUGGAUUUGGACAUGCAGGCUAUCAAAGAUAAUCAAGCUAAAAAGUUAAGUGGUGGUCAAAAAAGAAAACUGUCUUUAGGAAUUGCUGUUCUUGGGAAUCCAAAGAAACAGAACCAUAUGUACAUAGACAGAUAUUGUGCCACAGAAUGUCUUUCUUCUCUGGUUAAACAACAUAUACCUGGAGCUACUUUAUUACAACAGAAUGACCAACAGCUUGUGUACAGCUUGCCUUUCAAGGACAUGGACAAAUUUUCAGAAAGAAAUUGCUUCAUUUGCUUGUUGCUUCUGCUUUUAAUCUUUUUCGCAGUUCAGAUUUUUAUGUUUUUGGUGCAUUACUCUCUUAAAAAGGCUGUGGUUCCCAUCAAACUUGUUCCAGACUUCUAUUUCCUAAAACCUGGAGAUAAACCUCAUAAAUACAAAACAAGCCUGCUUCUUCAAAAUUCUACUGGUGAGUGUGUGAAAGAAAUUACAGACAUAGUUUUUAAAAUUGAGAUGUAUUUUCAAGCAACUUUACUUGGAAUCAUUGUUACUGCAAUGCCACCUUACUUUGCCAUGGAAAAUGCAGAGAAUCAUAAGAUCAAAGCUUAUACUCAACUUAAACUUGCAGGUCUUUUGCCAUCUGCAUAUUGGAUUGGACAAGCUAUUAAACCAGCCAUUAUGGUCAGCAAUUUGCAUAAAGAAUAUGAUGACAAGAAAGAUUUUCGUAUAAGAAAAGUAAAGAAAGUGGCAACUAAACACAUCUCCUUCUGUGUGAAAAAAGGAGAGAUCUUGGGACUGUUGGGCCCAAAUGGUGCAGGCAAAAGCACAGUUAUUAAUAUCCUGGUUGGUGAUAUUGAACCAACUUCUGGCCAGGUAUUUCUAGGAGAUUAUUCUUCAGACCCAACCGAAGAUGAUGAUUCCAUUAAGUGUAUGGGAUACUGUCCUCAGAUAAACCCAUUGUGGUCAUAUAUUACAUUGCAGGAACAUUUUGAAAUUUAUGGAGCUGUGAAAGGAAUGAGUCCAAGUGACAUGAAGGAAGUCACAAAUCGAAUAGCAAAUGCACUUGAUUUAAAAGAACAUCUUCAGAAAACUAUAAAGAAACUACCUGCAGGAAUCAAGCGAAAGUUGUGUUUUGCUCUAAGUAUGCUGGGGAAUCCUAAGGUUACUUUGUUAGAUGAACCAUCUACGGGUAUGGACCCCAAAGCCAAACAGCACAUGUGGCGAGCAAUUCGAACUGCAUUUAAAAACAAAAAACAGGCUGCUAUUCUGACCACUCAUUAUAUGGAGGAGGCGGAGGCUGUCUGUGACCGAGUGGCUAUCAUGGUAGCUGGGCAGUUAAGAUGUAUUGGGACAGUCCAGCAUCUGAAGAGUAAAUUUGGAAAAGGUUACUUUUUGGAAAUGAAAUUAAAGGACUGGAUAGAAAACUUAGAAGUAGACCGCCUUCAAAGAGAAAUUCAGUAUAUUUUCCCAAAUGCAAGCCGUCAGGAAAGUUUUUCUUCUAUUUUGGCUUAUAAAAUUCCUAAGGAAGAUGUUCAGUCCCUUUCACUAUCUUUUUCUAAGCUGGAAGAAGGUAAGUAACAUUUGUAAAACGUGGUAAGAUAGUUUUCAAAUUGUGAAAGAAUUUUAUUUAAAAAUGUAGAAAUUGGGAGUCAGUUUAUUGUAGAAACUAUAGUAAAUAUAGGAAGAUGACCUUUUAUUAAUUUAAGAUAAGUUAAAUACUAAUACUGUAGGGAUUUGGUAGACCACCUAUAUGGUAGUGUAAACCUUUCACUAUUUUAAUAGACACCACCACAGUUUUUCACAUUGCAUCUAUGAUAAAGGUCAGCUUAAUUAGCCCUCUACUAGCUCAGUCCAGAAGUGGGAGCAUUGAGUUUCUCGAGUCCUUUCUUCAUAUUGGGCUAUUGAAGUAGAAAUAGUAGCAAGACUCCAGUGGUAGCAGGAGAGGGGAGAGAAAAAUUCAUAGUGCCAUUCCUAAAAGCUUUAAGAAGCUUAGUUGAAUCUUGACCUUUUUAAAAUAAAGGGUAGGUAGGAUAAAAAUAUGCUGAUGGCAGUAGAGGGGAGGUAAGCUCCUGGACAGAGGAAGUAUUCAGAUGCAGGUUGUUUUAUGGCAUUUAUAGACUAUGAAGCAACCUACAUUUCCUGGUGAUUUCUUUAUGAUUAAAGAGAACACCUGAACUACUUAGGGAGAAUUAAAGGAAUGAAUAGAAAAGUUGGCAUUAAAUUAGAUUGCAAAAGGAUCCACAAAAUUUAAAGAAAGUAUAUGGACAUAUGAACAGUAUCCAGGAUUGAGUUCAAGAAGUCAAGAAGAGGCAAUAUUGGAAUUCGGGAAUGAGA